UUUUGCUCCGCUGCUCGAACAUGAAGGAGGCGGACAUGGCGCUGCCCGUCAGCCUGGCGGCUCUGCUGCAGGCGGACCUGCAGGAGGACGCCGCGUACCGGGACGACGGGCUGUGCGUGGUCGGUAUCCUGGGCAAGAGCAGCCUGCAGGCGUGCCCGCUGAAGGAGUCCCUGCUCAACAGCCUGGCCGACAAACACGUGUUCCCGCAGCUGGCGGAGGACGACGGCGGCUCCGCCGACAGCCUCAUCCAGGCUCUGUACCACCAGGAGAGCCGGGUGCUGUACCUGCUGCUCUCCUCCGUGGGGGACGGCCGCCAGCUGCUGCGGGCCUGCCGGGCUCUUGCCGCCGACAGCGGCCACGCCGAGGCUCAUGAGCUGUGGAAGGGGCUGGAGAGACGGCGCUGCCUGCAGCUGCUCUACCUGUUCUCCGUGAGCCACGUGUUGCUGCUGGUGCACCCCAGCCACAGCUUCGACGUCACCUACGACCGGCUGUUCCGGGCCCUGGACGCCCUGAGGCAGAAGGUGCUGCCGCUGGUCCGGGCCGCCAUCAAGGACUGCCCGGUGUCCAAGGAGUGGAAGCUGAACUGCAGGCCCUGCCCGCCCAGGCUGCUGUUCGUGUUCCAGAUGAGCGGAUCCCUCAAGAUACCUGGGAACGGCCCGGAGUCUGGAGGAAACCCAGACAAGCCCAAAAAGCACUCUCCCCGGAGGCGGCUCCAGCACGCCCUGGAGGACCAGAUUUAUCGCAUCUUCCGUAAAAGCAGAGUUUUGACCAACCAGAGCAGCAACUGCUUGUUCACCGUGCCCGCCAACCAGGCGUUUGUGUACGUGGUGCCUGCAGCCGAGGAGGACCCGGUGGGAACCUUGUUCAGCCAGCUGCGGUCCAACUGCAUCUUGACCGAGCAGGACACCACGGUGCCGCCGGUAACCGGGCCAAGGCGAUACCAGCAGACGCGGCGUUCGGCCCGGCAGCAGAGCUACGGCGGAGACUCCAGCAGCGUGUUUGGGGUCAGUCAGCUGGUGGACUGCAGCCUGAAGGAAUUCCUCUGGCAGCACGUGGAGCUGGUGCUGACCAAGAAAGGCUUUGACGACAGCGUCGGCCGCAACCCACAGCCUUCGCACUUUGAGCUGCCAACGUACACCAAGUGGGUCCAGAUCGCCUCUAAACUCCAUCAAGUCCUAAUUAGUAACACGGACGAGGAAAUAGCCGAGCUGGCCACAAAAGUGCAAAGUCAGGUGAAGGUUUCGGAGGGGUUUCUCGACGCUGACGCAAAGUUUUCCGAGAACAGGUGCCAGAAAGCUUUGCCGCUGGCUCACAGCGCUUACCAGUCCAACCUCCCCCAUAACUACACCACAACAGUGCACAAAAACCAGCUGGCACAGGCGCUGCGAGUGUACAGCCAGCACGCCCGCGGGGUGGCGUUCCAGCGCUACGCCCUGCAGCUCCACGAGGACUGCUACAAGUUCUGGAGCAACGGCCACCAGCUGUGUGAGGAGCGAAGUCUGACUGACCAACACUGUGUCCACAAGUUCCACCUCCUGCCCCAGCCAGGGGAGAAACCAGACAUGGAUCACAACCCACCCAUCCUGAACCACAACAGCAGGGGGCGCUCCACCAGCUCCUGCAACUGUGGAAGGAAACAGGGUCCCCGUGACGAUCCGUUUGACAUCCAGGCUGCCAAUUACGACUUCUACCAGAUGAUGGAAGAGAAAUGCUGCGGGAAGCUGGAGAGGAUAGAGUUCCCUGUGUUCCAGCCCAGUACUCCCGACCCGGCCCCGGCGAGCAACAACCCGGCUCCACGCCCCACGAGUGACGGGUCGGGAGACGCCGAGAGGCUAAAGGAGCCAGGCACGGCCCACAGCCACACCCCCGGAGACACCAGCCUCAGCCUGGCCCUGAGUCUGGGUCAGUCCACCGACAGCCUGGGGCCGUACGCGGACGGAGACGGAGCCGAAAACCACGUCCCGCAGAAGAGGCCGAGCCUGAUCGACCGCCAGCCCUCCACCGUGGAGUACCUCCCCGGUAUGAUGCACUCCGGCUGCCCUAAGGGCCUCCUCCCCAAGUUCUCCAGCUGGUCGCUGGUCAAACUGGGCCCAGCAAAGUCCUACAAUUGCCACACGGGCCUGGAACACCCCGGCUUCCUCCCCGGCUCCUCCUUCCUCCUGCCGUGGGACCUGGUGAUCCGCUCCAGGUCCGAGGAGGACGCGGGGCUGGCCGAGUCUCUGGACGGCGGUUCGUCCUCGUGGCCCGCUCCCAACAAAAGCAUCAUCGGAAAGCGAAGUGGCGCCGGAGGACUCGGCAGGAGUCGCAGGAGGGACGACAUGGCUCGGAUGUUCGUGGGGUUCGAGUACGAAGACAGCAGGGGGAGACGUUACAUCAGCUGCGGGCCUGAUAAGAUAGUGAAGGUUCUGGGACCGGGCGGCGCCAAAGAUCCCGCCACCAGGGUGUUAAACACGGACAUGCCGCUGUACAUCCCGUCUCCCUCCCAGGGCCGAGGGCUGAAGCCGCACUUCGCCCAGCUGUCUCGGCUCUUUAUUGUUGUACCUGACGCGCCACUGGAGGUCACUCUGAACCCGCAGGUGCAGCCCGGCGCUCCUCCGUGUCCAGUUUUCCACCCAGAGCACACAGAUGUCGUGUUGCCGCCUGACGGUUUCUGGGUGUUGCGCUUCCCUUACUCUUACGCGACAGAGCGCGGCCCCUGUUACCCCCCCAAAGAAAACCAGCCCCUCAACAACUACAAGGUCCUGCGAGGCAUCCUGAAAGCGACGACAGCUACACCUCCCCCACAGUGA